AGCGUGCGCUCAGCGGUGGUGCGCCAGGCUUGUGUCUGUUUGAUAGGAACACGGGGCGUUGAGUAGACUUGCUGGGGCAGGAAGUUCUCCUUCAGUCCUUGAGAGCAUUGGAAGGCUGUGGGGGACUGCGGUGUCAGCUCUCAUUCCUGUUUCCUCUUGUUGGCAGAGCCCUUUGGAGCAGCCCACACUCCUCCUUGCUGCUCUGGGCUCCUGGCAUGUGAUUGUGGAGUAGGCAGCCAGUUGUCAGAGCGUUUCUUUUCUCCUGUGAAGCAGGAACCCCUUCCUUUUCUCGACUGUAUCGUGUAUUGCUUUGGACUUGUCUUCCUCUUUCUCAAAGCCCGUUUUUGUGUCCUUUUCUCCAGCCAUGAAUUUGAGUCUGAGCAGAUUCCGGAGCUAACCGUCCGUGACGUUCACAGCGUGAGCUCCCUGUGCAAGAUGUACUUCAGGGAGCUCCCGACCCCUCUGCUGACCGAGCAGCUGUAUGGCAAGUUCUCGGUAAGCACAAGGCAAUGGCUUUCAUGUCCCUCUUCCCUGGGCCUCUUGGCAUGGCCUGUCACAUACACACACACCUGCGCACCUCAUGGUCUUUUUUUCUGAUUUUCUGUUAGCCCCAUGAGGUAGACUCGCAUGUCUCUGCCACAUCCUGCAGCAUACUGAUGCCAGCACUUUUGGUGCUCAUUUCUGGAGGUGGUCAUUUCUGUAUUCACAAAGCUUGCGAGAAUUCCCGUUCUUUUGCUAUUCCCCAACUAUUUCUGGAACGGGAAUGGGAUUAAUAGCACAGGUUCCUGGGAGAUGAAUGCCCACUGCGAGGAGCUGAGGUGCACAAUCAGUCAGGCUGUAAAGCGGCCCAGUGCUUGGACUGCUUGGCCUCAAUGGCACCAGCUGAGUGCCGCUGUGUUCCCCAGGUUUUCUGCCUGUUGGAAGGCAUAAAAUCCACCUCGGUGCUGAGCAACAGCGUUCUGUCUUCAAAGUUGCCGAGCCUGCGGCAGGUAUCUCUACUGAUCUGUGUCUAAAUCCCUCUCUGCUUUCUUCCAGGAUGCUGUUUGUGCCGCUACAGAUGAGGAGCGGUUGCUCAGAAUGCAGGACGUCAUCCAGCAGCUGCCCGCGCCUCACUACAGGUCAGAAAACCGCUGCCCUCAGUCUGGUGAGCUCAGCCCUGCUGCAUUUCAGAGGGCGAUGAUGCGAUGGCAGGCUUUGUCUCACGCUCGCAGCGUGAUGCCUGUGUGUGUGUUGAAGUGGUUGCUGGCUCCGUGGGGUUGAUGGAUUGGGUCAGUUCCUGGGCACGGGGGCACGGCUGGUGCAGCUGAUGGCUGCGUCUGUGCUGUGCUGGGGCUUGGUGCUGCAGCGUGGCACCUGGGAAAGCUUGAUCUGCUUCCUAUUCCGUGACAGUAGCAAGAACAAGAACUGGCGUGUCUUGAGGUUUGUUUUGUGAAUUGCAGGACGGCGUGCUCAGUGGUGCUGAAGGUUUGCCUCUUGCUUUCCAGGACACUGGCGUACCUGAUGAGACACUUGGCUUGUCUCGCUGGGAGCUGCUCUGCCACAAAGAUGCCCGCUAAGAACUUAGCGAUUGUGUGGGCUCCCAACCUCUUCAGAUCCCAGCAGAACGAGUCUGCCUGCGCCAGUGGACGAGCUGCCUGCAUGGAAAUGCAGAGGCAGUCGGAUGUGGUAGAGUUCAUCAUCAGCCACACAGACGUCCUCUUCUGCUCCACAUCAGGCAUCGGAGAUGGAGCAGGGCACAGUUCUCCAUCAGGGCCCAAGUCUGCGGAGGUGUCUUCUCCCGACACCAGGCUGCUCACUGUGGAGGAGGCACAGGCACAGAGGCGAGGCCACAGCAGCUCUCCCACACUGACGCACAGCAGGGACAUCGAAGUGGAAGAAGGCCCCGCAGCUGCAGGGGGUAAAUUCCACACAGUCAUCGACUUUCCGUCUGAAAGACCAAGUCCACCCAGCAAGAUGAAGGAAUCAGCAGCUGGCUGUUGGUGUUCCUGCUUCAGCCUUAGAGAACCAUCCUCUGUGGCCAAACGCCAACUGCAGCACCAUGCCAGGGAGCCCUCAGAAACAGAGGUGGUGGUCCUGGCAGGUGAAUCGAGCCCUUGUCAACCCAGAAGAGCCCCAGCAAGUUGCGAUGAUGCACUGUGUGCUUCCAUCAAUGGAGAGCUCCUAGGAAGCACAAAUCGCUGCAGUUCCAGUGACUGCCUUGAUGACAACAGCGAUGGGCAGAAGGAGCUCAUCCAAGUUCAAGCUCUCAUUUCUCCCAGCUCUGCUGAAGACACUGACCUGAUCCUGCCAGAAAUAACAGUCACCAGCCUGGAUUGUGACCCGGCGUCAUUGCAGUGCAGCCCCACCCAAGCACAGCCCGUGCACCCCAACAGCAGUACCUCCAUGCAGGAUCAGGUCAGCGUCAGCGAGGAGGAGCCGAGCCUUGUGGAGGGGGACUUAGAAUCGGAGCUCCAGUCCCAGGCACCGGGCAGCAGCACGAGCUCUGAGCCCCUCUCUCCUUAACGAGAGAGGAUGAGUGCCAUGUGUCCACCGGACCUGUCACGCCCUCCUGGCUUUUAGUGAAUAAAAGCACGCUGGUGCUGGAUCAACGCCUUGACUGCAUUCCGAGUCUUCAUUCACAGGGAUUGGGAUGGAUGCAAGAAACAGCAAGGCACCUCAGCUUGCAAGGCUAUGGCUGUGGGCUCUGCAUGCAGCAGAGCUCCGGGUUUGUUCCCAUUUUGUCUGGCCGUGGGAUGCGUGCAACGAGAGCUCUGCUCCCAUUGUGUAUGGAUGCUUUUGAGGGCUUUUGGAUGCUCUUGGAUGCCUCGCUGCUCCCGCCAGCUCUCUCCU